UGAGAUUAAUCCGAAAAUGGCGUCUGCAAAGAAAGACAGCAUGAUCGCGGAGGACGACGAGUAUUUUCGGGUGAUAAUUAACGAAAGAUCAGUCGAUGACAUAUCUCUGGAUUUUUUCUACAAACCACAUACCAUCUCUCUUCUUGCAGCUUCAAUUUUGGGAUUGCUGUACACUGUUUUCACGCGAGAUGACAGCCUACCUGAGGAGAACAUCUGGAGCGGCAUCUGCUGCCUCGUCUUCUUCUUCCUCAUCAUCAGCGUCUUGGCCUUCCCUAAUGGUCCAUUCACACGUCCCCACCCAGCCAUAUGGAGGAUAGUGUUUGGUGUGAGUGUUCUAUACUUCAUGCUGCUGUUGUUCGUGCUGUUCCACAACAAGAAGGAUGUCCGUCACAUGUUGGUGUGGCUGUACCCAGAGCUCAGAGACGAAGGUCCUGAUGAGACGGAGUAUGCUGUGAACUGUUCCCAGAUCACAUGGGCGCGGUUGUCGUCGCACAUGGACGUGUUCGCGUUCAGCCACUUCAUGGGCUGGGCAAUGAAGGCGUUGCUCAUCCGGCACUACGGCAUCCUGUGGACCAUCAGCGUCAUGUGGGAGAUCACAGAGAUGGCGUUUGCCCACCUUCUGCCCAACUUCGCCGAGUGCUGGUGGGAUGCCUGGGUGCUGGACGUGCUGCUGUGCAACGGCAUCGGGAUCUGGCUGGGGAUGUAUGUGUGCAAGAAGCUGGAGAUGAGGAACUACCACUGGGAGAGCAUCAAGGACAUCCACUCAACCACGGGGAAGCUGGGUCGAGCCGUGCUGCAGUUCACUCCCGCCAGCUGGACCCACGUGCGAUGGCUGGACCCCAACUCCACCUACAUGAGGGUCAUUGCAGUGUGGAUCCUCAUCGUCUUCUGGCAGAUCUCAGAACUGAACACAUUUUUCCUGAAGCAUGUAUUCAUGGUACCGCCAUCACAUAUAAUCAACGUUAUUCGACUAGCAUUGAUAUGUGCAAUAUCAGCACCUUCCAUUAGGCAAUAUUAUGUGUACGUGACGGACACACGGUGUAAGCGGGUUGGAACUCAGUGCUGGAUCUACUGUGCGGUGACAUUAACAGAAGCCAUUGUGUGUGUGAAGUUUGGAUCUGACUUAUUUAAACAGACAGACUACUUGUAUGUUAUAACUUGGCUGUCAGUGCAGAUGGUUAGCAGUUUCAUCUGUAUAUUUGGGUGUGUUGUGUGGGGAAAGAACAAAUGGAAGACUGCAGAAGAACAUGACCCAAUCAUUCAACAGAAACGUGCUCCCACAAAUACAUCCACCAAUGGUAAACGUAACGGCAAGGAUCUCCCCGACCAUCUACAGAAGGAGACAAAUAAAGCCAAUGGAAAAAAGCCAGUCAAAACUUAAAACCUGCUGCUUUGGAUGUUGCUCCAGUGUCCAUCAGUGCUUACUGCUGCUGUGAGCCGCUUCUGUGAGCUGCCUCUUGUCAGUGUUACCAUUGUGAGCUUGUCAUGGUGUCCGGCACCUCGCCUUCAUUGUGAUGAGACUGAGAAUCAUGCACCAUUGUCACGUGCAGUGAACUGAGCCAUUCACAUCACCUGACACAUUCACGGAAGACAUUCACAUCACCUGACACAUUCACGGAAGAUGUCACAUCAACAAAUCAUCACAUGUACCGUGAAUGUCUCAAGAAGAAUCUGUUAGACAUUUUCAUGACAGAUGCAUUGUUUAAAGUUCAGGGUGCCGUUGUACAAAACAACCUCAGCGCUAAGAUGAUUGUUAGCCUAUGUUAAAGUAUAGGAGUUACAAUCACCUUAGCGCUACAACAGCACCCACAUAAAUUCCAACCAGACUCACAUCAUUUCUUCUAUUAACCUUUUUUCCCCCCAAAUCAGCCAGACAAUUGAACAUUCAUGUUUUAGAAGUUGCCCAUCAAGACAAAACCAGCCCGUCUCAGAUAAUCAAACAGGAAAGUAUUUUAAACACUGACAGAUGAAAUGUAGUUUCACUAUUGUGUAUUAUGCUUUAAAGAUCCGUUCAGGACAAUGGUAUGUGUUUGGCUCAGUUUCUGUGCUAUCCACUGAAUCCAUCCUGGUGCAGCAUACAUUGUUGAGUCGGCGCUUCUACAUGUGCACCAGGGCUUCACUGUAUAUAUCGCAUGGGUCAUUAUGUGAAAGGGAUUCAGUCAAGUGAUGAGUGUGUGUGUUCACAGCUAUUCAUCUAUGUUGGACGAGGAAUUUUUCAGAUGUGAUGCUGCUGCUGUAUCUCAGCUAAAUUAGGUGGUCAGGCUGUCACUUGAUUGACUGCGAGUCAUCAUACCCUGAUGACCUGGAUCACUGGAUUGUCUGGUCCAGACUUGAAAAGAUUUACCAGCUGCUGUCACAUAGCUGGAACAUUGCUGAGUGCGGCAUUUAACAAGAAACAAAAUGUAAGUCAGCUAUGACACAGUCAAUACUCUGAAUGUAUAAGUAUUGAUAGAAAAAAUGCCCUUCAUGUGCUUUUAUAUAUGUAUGUUAUGUAAACAAAAUUAUCAUUGUAUGUCAUAUAGUGAUUCGUGCUGAACAAUGAUGCAUACAUGUCAGUACGGCAUAAAGGGAAUUGUAAGGUUUAAAAAAAUAAAAGAAUUGGUUUUCAGGCAAUGGUUUUUGAAAAUAUACUUCGGGCGGGCAGUGUUGUUUUUUAUGGUUGUUCAAACUGGUAUGUUACCAAAUAAACAGUUGUGUCACCAAAUGAACAGUUGUGUACAAUCAGCAUGGGAAGGGGCCUCCCUACAUAAAUGUAUUCCUUGAUGAGUAAAAUACUGGAAUACAGUGGUUGACUACUAAUGGACUUGGAAUAUUUAAGGAUUUUUUUAGGUGUUUUGAAAAUGGAAAUAAAAACGAAACAUGCAGCGAACUUUAUGAUGAUGAGGGCGGUGCCUGAGAACCAAGAUUAUUUUAUUUUUUUAGCCUAAUCGACUCUGGGAUUGGUGCUUACCGAUGCCUUUAUCCUGCAUUUCAGUGGAUGUUCUUACUAAAGGAAAUAAAAGGGAAACACAUAACACAGAUAUUGACAGUUCCUAAAUGUGAAGUCCAUAUCAUGUGAAUCACAGUUUGUUCCACUUCUCUGUCAUCAUCCACAACCCAGUGUGUGGUUGCAGCCACAUCUGACUGUCAGGCAAGGGAUUAGAAGAGUUGUCUCCCUUUGUCUCACAAGUUGUUGGUCCAUUUUGGUAUUUUCACUGACAAGACACCAGCUUAUCAUUUCCUCCAAGGCAUCGACAGCUUUGCAUGUGCUUACUAAUUACUACUUAGAUCGCUUCAUUGUGUACACAGCCACAACUAAUUGAACUAAAGUAGUGCCAUAGGUCUAUACUACUAAAACAAAGUUUAAAGACCACCCAAUUCUUUCAUAUGUCCAUAGUUAAUACAUCAUACCAUGUCAUACCAUAGGCACUAUUGUACACACAUGGACCUUUAGUCUCCGAUGCAAGUCAAGGGAACAUUAGUAUUACAGGCAGAGACCAUGUAUUCGGAUGGACUCUGAAACAGGAUGUUCAUUUAGGAAUAUCCUGUUCUACAUACCUCAGACAUUUACAGCGACCUCCAUUUUUAUUUUUGUCAGUGCUUUGCAGAAAGUGCAAGGUUUUUUGUUUAUUUCAGUGUUGGCCAGUAAUCAAUGUGUGUGUAAGGUGAUUGUGAGACCUAUUGUAGGGUACACAUGCAUUAUACCGGACACUUAUCCACCAUGCUUGUUUGAUAAUACUAAUAAAGCUGCACGUGACAGAAUCACUUUUAGAAAAAUUUGUGAUAUGGUUCCAAAUGAGCAGAAUAUAAUGACCCUGUUUGCAUUUGUAUGGUUUAAUAAGAUAAAACCUUGAAAUUGAAUAUCAAAGCGAUGCAUAAAUGUCGUAAAAUUGGACAUCAACAUUGAAAAGUACUUGAAAACAGAAUUCCAUAAUGGCGUGCGACAACCUCAUCAGUGACAUCUGUCAGAGCCACAUUUCAGUGAACUCAUUGUAUUAUAUUUUGGUAAUUAAACAAUACAAUUACUUACGAAAGCAUUUAGUUUCAGCCCCCCAAACUCCCUCUUAUUUUAGUAUGGGAACAAAAAUGAGCUUGUGCACAUCCCUCACCAAAAUGGCGGAAGGUGUCCGGCAUCCUGCACUCUUGCCUUUUGUAGGAGUGUUACAGUUCCAUCUCCGUCAACAAGAUUUGAUGGUUGGUGCUGUACCACAGUAGAUUAUAUCUGGCUGAAAGUAGAAGCUGAAAAUACCUUUGUAACACAUGUGACGAUUGUUAUUAAAGGUUACAGCUUGUGGUUUCUUCUGGCAAGAAAAUUUGCCUACUUUAUGGUUAUUGAAAAUGAAAUCAUCAUGAAGUUUGGUCAAAUGAAAAAAUAAAUCUGCACUGGUCCUUUGUCACUCAGUCUGACACUGUAAUCAUGUGUUUUUCUUAGAUCAAUUAUUUUUUGUUGUUUUUAUGCUGUUUUUAUACUUGAGAACAUGCAUGUCUUGCUCUGGUACCAAUGUUUGAUAUUCACAGAAAGUCUGAAAGUUGCCAUGAUGUUCCUUGAUGCUGUUAUCAGUGGUAAAGUUUUGUGAAAGGGGCCAAUCCAGUCAUAUGGUGUGUGUGUGUGCGUGCGUGCGUGCGUGCGUGCGUGGGUGCGUAACCAUGGGGAUAGAAGUAACAUUUGUACAGAGUAAAAACAGUUCAUCUAAAAUAAAUGUCGAUGUUAGAACUGAAUGUUUUUGUACACAGGGCUUUAAUUUCUGUUGCUUCCAUAAGAGAAAAUACUUAGCAAUUGUUCUCAGAACAUGUUUUCGCUUUCUUCCAGAUAAUAGCAAAACCAUUCAUUCUUCCAAAAUUGGAUGUGCCAUGUCAGGUUAUAGAAUAAACACCAAUGCAGGAGCUUCUGAACCAUGCCAUAAACAUCGGUGAUACUUCUAGUCCUACGUUUACCCCGGCGAAGAGCCUUAGUCGGUCAGCACCUGGCCCAGUGUUGGAGGGUUACAUCAAACUGACAAAUAUCUGACCUGGGUCCUGUUUCACAAGGCGAUUGUAGCACAACGACAAUCGUAAGUCUGUGUUAGAGUAUGGGAGUUACGAUAACCUUAGCGCUAAUAUAGCUUUGUGGAACGGACCCUGUGCUGCAGGCCUUUCUCCCACAUUAGGCUCACAUGCACUGGUAUAACUGACAUACUUUUCAAACCCAUCUCCUUGGUUACACAAAGAAGCUGAACCGUGAAGAUCCGGGGUAGAAAAGGUCUUCAGCCACCCAUGCUUGCCGUAAAAGGCGACUAUGCUUGUCAUAUGAGGCAACUAACAGGAUCAGGUGGUCAGGCCCGCUGACUUGGUUGAUGCAUGUCAUGGUAUCCCAACUGCAUGGAUCAAUGCUCAUGAUGUCAAACACUGGAUUGUCUGGUCCAGACUUGAUUGUUUACAGACCGCUGUCAUAUAGCUGGAAUAUUGCUGAGUGCGGCAUUAAACAACAAACACAAAGUAGCUAAGGUGGUGAUUUGGAAGUAAGCAGUGAACCCUUUGGUACUGAUAUUGACAUACACAGAUCACUUGUUGGGAUACUACAGGUAAGUCAAGAAUACAACGAGUCCAGUAGCCUUGAAGGGACUGUAUAUAGUUGGGUGUGCCAAAUGUGGGUGUGUCAGUCCAUGUGUGAAGUGAUAAUGCAACGAAUGCCAUGGAAGGUGGCCAUGGAGACGAGUGUGUGCUUGGAGAUGCUUGUCAACUUUGAUUUUGUCAGUAUGGUCCUUUAAGAUGUUCUUUCCAUUUCAUUUUGGUUUGUAUUUGUCAUGAGCGAUGAAGUGGAACCUUAAAAUCCAUGUAUAUAUAUUUUCUGUACACUACGUACUCGGUUUACUAGUUGAUCACAUGUAAGAAACUUUGAAAUUAUUUGUGUGAUUAAGGGGACAGGGUCGGCUGUGUGGUCUGGGGCACUUCUAUUCGCAAUGCAGAGUUGCUUCCCUUGGCCUGGCCAGGAUCUUAUGAUCAUGGAUCCAAAUUCCACAUUCACCCUGAUUAUGAACCAUGGCUUGUCAACACUUGCCAGUUUCACCAAAGUGGUACGACCUGCCUCGCUUUGAGCUGCUCUGAGGUUCCCUUGAUGCGUCCUGUACAGUCAGAUGAGUGGACCAAUGUCUUAUAAAAUGUUGGAAACCAGUUUUUUAUGGCUGUACCUAGUUCAAGUGUUUUUGUUUUGUUUGAAUGUUGUUUGUGUUGAUAGGGGAUUAUUUAUUUGUGAAUGAUUUUUGAGCACUCAAGAGACUACUAUAGGUGCCAUGUCCAUUAUUAUCACAUCAAUUCCAUUUAUUGUUAUACAUAUAUAUGUAUGUGUGGGAAAUAACUUACAAUGCAUGUCAUUUAAGCAUAUUUUAUUGUAAGGGGUGCUCAUUUAAACAGAUUUCAUAUGAAGUAUACAUACAAAUUCCUUUGCUGUUCCGCAUUUGAAAAAUCACCAUGAAUAGCUGCAAAGUUGCUGAUGUGGUAUAAAGUAAUAAUCACUCACUGAAUAUCUUGAAAUCGGGUAGGUGCAUUUGAACAAAUAUGAAUAAUAAGACUGCACACAUGUAUUCACCCACCAAGUCUGUUUUGACACAAUAUUUAUGUUAUAACUUAAUGGGCUUGCUUCUUUCAAAAACUUCGGACCCUAGAACCAAGAUUAGGGGUUUGUUGCAAGGAAGAGUUUAGUAUUUUACAAGCACUUCAUUCACUUUUAAAGAACUGUAAAUGUUUGAAUUCAAAACCAUUAUCGUCUUCUAAAUAUAUUCCUAAAAAGUGGUAAAAGAGAGCCUAUUUUUUCAUGUGAUUAUAGUUAAUCUCUCCUUGCCAAGAUUAACUUUAGUCAUAAUAAAAAAUCGGGUUUUCUUAAAUCUUUUUUGAGUUGUAUGUUUUUCUUUCUGUCUCAGGAGAUAUUGACCAGAAUUUGGUAAGGGGAAUAUUGAAGAAAGGUACAACAGGUUUACUGAGACAAUUGAAAACUAGCCUUGUGAACUGAUGUAUCUUGUCAGUGUGACGACUGCUACGUGGCAGAACACAAUGCUUCGAUUUCUCGGGGAGGUCAAGUAGCCUAGUGGUUAAAGGGAUUGCUCGUCACGCCGAAGACCGGGGGUCGAUUCGCAACAUGGGUACUAUGAGUGAAGCACAAUAAAUUUCUGGUGUCCCCCGCCGUGAUUUUACUUGAAUAUUGCUAAAAACGCCAUAAAACCUUACUCACCUGCAUAAAUUUCUCCUCGUCCUGUGUGAACUUUUACACACAGUUACUAUUGUAAUAUUGCUCAUGCAUUUUCAGGUUUGUGAACAUUAGAAGUUACCAAAUAUGUGUUUAUUAUUAUGAUGAAUAUUUCUGAUUUUUAAGUACACUACCAUUAUCAUCUUGUAAAUUGAUGUUGAUGAAUAUCAUGAAUUGUUUGUAAUUGUGUUAGUGGAAACAGUGAAUGGUAUUUCAUGUUUAUUCCAGGGAGUUAUUAUUUAUUCACUAGAAGGAACCAUCUAAGCAGUGUACUUUGUUGUAUUCUUGUAUAAAUAUGCUGUAUUUGGGACAUCGAUGCUAACAACGGUUACAUUUACUAGUAAAUUGGUAUUUUCAGGUCUCGACAAAUAUACUGGUCCACCAUAGCCCUCUUGACUAAUGCCAGUAGAUAUUUUUAAUUUUAAAAUGAUCUGCCAACCUGUGAAAAAUAAGAAUUGUACAUCUCAUUAUUUUGUUUACCUGGUGACUAUGUGACAUAUUAAAGUGUUAAAACCUAGCAAAUAAUUUGUAAUUUUCUGUGGACUUGUGGUUUCUCUGUGGCGCUGGUCUUGUAGGCUUUUUGAACAAAUGAUAUUUGUGGAACUUGUUUGGGAGUUUGCAUGCAGCUGUAGAUGGCUGAAUGAUUACGGUUCUUUUCAGCUGAGGUUGUGCUUAUGAUAUCCGACCUGGAUGAUUUGUCAAGUAUAUACCCAUUGUACGCAUUACUCAGUUUAACUUACAGGAUUUCAUCAUCUUGUCAAUGUUGUCUUUCUUUCAAUGAGUCCUUCACCAUUUCUCCAUAAUUGCCAUGUUGAAUGAAGACAAAGCGGUUAACAUAUUCAUUGUUGGUUUUUUUAAUUGUUUUAUGACUUUUUCAAACAAAAAUCAAUUCAGCUUGCUGUAUGCUCAGCACUGAAAUAAUCAACAGAGACAGCAUUGUGCCAAUAUCAAGCCUGUCUUUAUGGAUCUGCCUCGUUCUGUGUUAUAACUGAGGAUUAUCUUUGCUCUUUGCAUUUAAAUAGAAGCACAUUUUACGCCUAUAUGUAUGCCAAGGUCGUGUUGAUACCAUUUUAAUGUCAUCAAACAUAUGUAAUUCAAUUAAUUCGAAUAUACUUACAUUUUGACGAGUGUGAAGUAAUUUUGUUUGUCACAUGCAUCAAUAUACAUUUUGUAUUGACCUAUAUUUUCAUAAGGAUGGAAUUUGUUCUUCAAAAUGUUUUUCUGAAUAUUGGUUUAUCAAAAUUGAACAGACCCAUGAGGCUGAACAUAGUAACAUAGGAGUUAUUUGCAUCAUGGUGCACGUGACAAGUCCAGGAUUACUUCCCCUGGUUUCCCAUCAUGCAUCAGUGUUUGUAGGUGCGUGUCAACCGCAGGGUUGCUUUUGCAGUAGGUUUAUGUAAGCAUGUGAGAAUUUAUUUGAAUAUUUAUUUGAAUAUUGUUUUUAGUUGUGUGAAUCCAUCAGAAUCUGAAUAAAAUCCUUAUGUCAGUGAAA